UCAUUUGGAAGAGGAGGAGCCUUCUUGCCCUUCCAAGGAAACCAGAUCAAGAGCGCGCUUCACGUUUGCUGCAAAAUUCGCUUUUCGGGGGCUCCACGCCGCCAGUGGGAGGGAGUCUUUUGUUUACCCUACAGCUGAAUACGGCAGCCAGACUGGUUUUGCAGAUUCUUUCUCACAAGUUUAGAAGACAUAAAGGCAGCAGAACUAGAAAGAAGCUGGUUCCUCAGCAGGUGACUUAUUCCACGGCUUAGCUCUCUGUGUUUCCCAAGAUGCUUUUCAGAGCCAUCUUUGCCCUCAUCUUCCUCUGGGGAGUCCUCCCUUCUGAGACCAAAGAGUCCCGUGGCCACAUCUCUGUGGUCCUCCUGGGUGCCACAGGAGACCUUGCCAAUAAGUACUUGUGGCAAGGACUCUUCCAGCUGUACCUGGACGAGGUGAGCCACGGGCAUAGCUUCACAUUCCAUGGGGCCGCUCAGACAGAGCCUGAGCAAGGGCGGAGGCUGGUCUUUGAACGGCUGAAGUGGCUGGCCUGUCCCUCAGACGUACCCCCAAACAGGUGUGCUGUGUUGAAGGACCAGUUCAUCAGACUGACAGAUUACCACCAGCUCAAGACAGCAGAGGACUACGCCACCCUAAACCGGCAGAUUACGACCACGCUCAGUCAGGAAGGCAUGGAAGAAGCGGGCAGGAUAUUUUACUUCUCCGUGCCGCCGUUUGCCUACGCAGAGAUUGCCCGCCACAUCAACAGCAGCUGCAGGCCGCCGCCAGGGCUGUGGCUACGGGUGGUGCUGGAGAAGCCUUUUGGCCAUGAUCUCAGGUCAGCCCAGGAGUUGGCUGAUGAGCUAAGGACUUUCUUCCGGGAAGAGGAGAUAUACAGGGUGGACCACUACCUUGGCAAACAGGCUGUGGCUCACAUCUUACCAUUCCGAGACCAGAACCGACACCAUUUGGAUCCGAUCUGGAACCGGCAUCAUAUUGAAAGGGUGGAAAUUGUCCUGAAGGAGACAGUGGAUGUGAAGAAUCGCACUGGCUUCUACGAAAAAUACGGGGUCAUCCGCGACAUCCACCAGAACCACCUCACUGAGAUCUUAAUGUUCCUCGCCAUGGAGCUCCCAGCAAAUAUCAGCAGCUCCGAAGACGUCAUCCGGAGCAAGUUGCAGGCUUUCACGUCGCUCCAGAGCCCAGAGAUAACAAGCGCUGUCAUUGGCCAGUACAUGGCAUACAACAGCCACGUGAGGGAGGAGCUUCAGAAGGGGCAGGACUACUUCAGCAGGACUCCAACCUUCGCAGGUGUGCUGGUUCACCUGGACAACCUCCGCUGGGAAGGGGUCCCUUUCAUCCUCGCCUCCGGGAAAGUCCUGGAUGAACGGAUCAGCUAUGUACGCAUCCUCUUCAAGAACCGGGCCUACUGCACCCAGAAUGAAACAAUGUGGGACCCCGAGAGCAGCCAGUGCAAGCCCAGGCAGAUCAUCUUCCACAUCGGGCAGGGAGAGCUGAACUCGCCCGCCAUCCUGGUCAGCCGCAAUCUCUUCAAGCCCACCAUGCCAGACAGCGGCUGGAAGGAAGUCCGCGACCGCCCCCAGCUGCGCAUCUUUGGACAGCCCCUCUCUGAUUACUACGUCUACGUCCCCGUAGCGGAGAGGGACGCCUACUCAGUCCUGAUCUCCAGGAUCUACUCUGGCAAGAAAGAGUCCUUCAUCACUGUGGAGAACCUGCUGGCAUCCUGGGCGUUUUGGACGCCACUACUGGACGGGUUGUCUAGCCAGGUCCCGCGUUUGUACCCAGGGGGGCGGGAGAACGAGCAGCUCCUGGAUUUUGAGAUGGUGGGCAGGGAAGUGUCCUUCGUGGCGAAAGAGACCAUUGAACUGAUGGACGCAAGGGACGAACAAACCCCGGACAAGUACAAGACUAUCCAGUCCAGGUUUCGGCAAAGCCAGCUGAUCACCGCUUGGUCGGAGGAACUGAUCAACCGGCUGGCAUCGGACAUCGAAGCGACGGCGGCAAGUGCCGUCCAGAGGUCCGGGGAGUUCCACAUGGCGCUCUCGGGCGGGUCGAGCCCCCUGGCUUUGUUCCGGCAGCUGGCUACGCGUCACUACGGUUUCCCAUGGAGGCAGACCCACCUGUGGCUGGUGGAUGAGCGCUGCGUCCCUCUUACUGACCUGGAGUCCAAUUUUGGCACCCUGCAUGAGCAGCUGCUCCGCCACGUCCGAGUCCCCUACUUCAACAUCCACCCCAUGCCGGUGCACCUCAACCGGAGGCUCUGCGUGGAAGAGGACAAGGGCCCCGAGCUGUACGCCAACGAGAUCGCCGCCCUGGUGACCAACUCCAGCUUCGACCUGGUGCUGCUGGGGGUGGGUGCCGAUGGGCACACGGCCUCGCUCUUCCCGCACUCACCCGUGGGCCUCGAGGGGAGCCAGGGCGUGGUCUUCACCGAGAGCCCAGUCAAGCCGCACCAGCGCAUGACCCUCACCUUGCCGCUCAUCAACAAGGCCAAGCGGGUGUCGGUGCUGGUGAUGGGGAAGGGCAAGCAUGACAUUGUGACAGUAGUCAGCAGGGUGGGGCACGAACCCAAGAAAUGGCCCGUCUCCGGAGUCAGCCCCAGCUCUGGCCAGAUAGCAUGGUACGUGGACUAUGAGGCACUGCUUGGAUGAUGCCCCGGUAGUUCUGCCUUCACCUCCUCUCCCUCCCCCUUUGCCUGUCUUGGCAUUCAGGAUAUCGGGCAGCUGUUGCAGCUGUCUUCAGGAAAAUUCUUCUGUCUGGUGGCAGGGAGUUCCACUGGCUGUUAAUGAGACUGUAUUUUUAUUUUUGUUUAAAGAAAGAUCUGUAGACCAAGGCCUGUCUGAUAACCUGCUACUUCUGACAACAGCUGGCCUUAUUUCACCAUUGGCCCGCAAACUUAAAAGCAGGAUGUGACAAGCCCUUCAGGUAUGUCCCUGAUGUGCUACACUGCCACCGUGCGCAGAAGAUCCAUUUAGACAUCAUGGCUCAUAGCCCUUGAUCAACCCAUUCUACCCUGUGGGAUUUGUCUAAUCCUGUUUUGUUUGGGAUUUUUAAAGCUGUCUGUGCUGAUGCCUGUUCCCACAUCUUGGGGCUGUGAGUUCCAUCGGUUAACGAUUGGGACCUGUGAGCUUAUGAGUGGUGGCUUUAAGAGCCGAGAUGUCCUCCUGGCUCUUUCUUCUGCCGUGCUCAAGUCUCUUCACUGCUGUGUGCCUCACUUUCCCCUCUCCUCUAGAGGAAAAGGAGGGGGGUCUCACAAAUGCCCUAAAACAUCCACAGUGGAAAUCUUUGUUUAAAUAGCCCAUUGGAAAUUUGUAGGUUUUGGCUCCUGGUAAAUGGCUCCACGGUGCAUCUCUCCAUAUAUAGAUAUAAAUAUAUAAAAGAUAGUGUGUG